AUGGUUGAUCGAAAACAAGAAAAAAGGCUGAACACGCUCGCUGCCAAUGUAACAAAGCAGAAUGAAUUGCAUGUUUUGGACUUUUAUUACGCCGUUCAGAUAAGCGUUUGUCUACUAAAACCAUUUGGUGCUUGGCCGUUGGCCAAUGAUGAAACGUCGAAAUUCAAGAUCGUCCUGCACAAGGCAUCGAUGAUGAUCGCCACGUUCCUCUUGAUCUGCACUAUAGUGCCGAUGAUGUUGCACAUGAUGAAAGAAAAGGAUGUCUUCCUAAUAAUUCAUUUAAUGUGUGAGUUAAUCUUCACUCUAAUGGCUUUCGCGAAAUAUGUUUUGUUGCUCUGGCAUCAGGAUCAGCUCAGAUUCUGCGUUGAUUAUGUAGCCAAUGACUGGCGGUACGCAAUAAUUGCCGAGGAUCGCAAUAUCAUGUUGGCGAACGCUAAAAUUGGCCGCACUUUUGGUAUCACUUCCGUGGUUUUUAUGUUCAGCUGUGGCACACUGUAUUACUUACAACCUAUAGCUACAUCAAAUUUAGUCAAUGAAGACAACGUUACCGUGAGAUUGCAUCCAUCGGCUUGCGAAUUUCUUGUGUUUGAUUCUAAGAUUAGUCCUGCGUACGAGAUCGUGUACUUCUUACAACUUUUGUGCGGUUUCACUGCCUACAGUGCAUUCUGCGGCAUUUGCAGCUUGAUGGCCAAUUUUGUUGCACAUAUAUGCGGUCAGUGUGACGUGUUAAUGUCGUUUUUAAAGGAACUCGUAGACGGUGGUAAACGCAAUAGCGGAUCUAUCGACAAUCGAAUUGCUGUUGAUAUGAAUAAUAAUGAAUCGUUCGUGCAGAUUUUUACAUAUUUCUUUGGACUUGUGUCGGUCAUUUUCAACGUGUUCAUGUUUUGCUACAUUGGAGAUUUGCUCAAAGAGCGUUGCCAGCAGAUAGGAACUAUUUGCUAUACGAUCGAGUGGUAUCGAAUGCCAUCCAGGAAGGCGAUUGAUUUGUUAAUGCCGAUCAUAAUGUCUCGAUACCCCGCAACUCUCACCGCCGGAAAGAUGUUGACGAUGACACUUAUUACGUUUUCUGACGUGAGUAAUAUCGUUUCGUGCUCUAAAUGCGAGGUAUUAAUUAAGACUGCUUAA